CCUGGUUUUCUGAAUGAAACCGUAGCUCGCCUCGCGCUAUAAAUAGAACUGACGGGGCUUGACGUCACCAUGGAAGCCGCAUCACGUCGUUUUGUUCCGUGCUGUUGUGGCUGCAGAUGAUUUUUCCCCCCGAAGCGCUUUCGGAUGGGGACGGACGGAGUACUUCUGAAGGCAGCCCGAACAAUCAAGCCGGAUACAUAGUAGUGGUUCAUGUUCCAUUGGGAGAAAAGGAUUAACGUUCAACAUGCUGGGGCGUGAUACCAGUUACGAAAUGAUCUUGCAGUAUUUGCCUAGCUAGCGGCGAGCGAUUCUUAUUUGUACAGGAGCCAUCGAGCUACCUGCAAUUAUUGAAUCGCACUCUGAACUCCUGCCUGUAGUUUUGGUUGACCAGAUCACACUCACUCAGCCCUAGAGAACGGGCCCUGAACAGUAGUAUGGACUACGAGAGACCCAAUGUUGAGACCAUUAAGUGUGUUGUGGUGGGGGACAAUGCCGUAGGGAAGACACGGCUGAUCUGUGCUCGGGCCUGCAACACCACUCUGAACCAGUACCAACUACUGGCCACACACGUCCCGACGGUCUGGGCUAUAGACCAGUACAGAGUCUGUCAAGAGGUGUUGGAGCGCUCCAGGGAUGUGGUGGAUGAGGUCAGUGUGUCUCUCAGGCUGUGGGACACCUUUGGCGAUCAUCAUAAAGACAGACGCUUCGCAUACGGAAGGUCAGACGUGGUUGUGCUGUGUUUCUCCAUCGCCAACCCCAACUCUCUGCAUCACGUCAAGACCAUGUGGCACAUGGAGAUCAAGCACUUUUGUCCCAGGACGCCUGUCAUCCUGGUGGGUUGUCAGCUGGACCUGCGUUACGCUGAUCUGGAGGCCGUCAACAGGGCCAGGAGGCCACUAGCCAGGCCGAUAAAGCCCGGAGACAUCCUUCCUCCAGAGAGUGGCCGGGAGGUGGCCAAGGAGCUGGGCAUCUCCUACUAUGAGACCAGUGUGUUCGACCAGUUUGGCAUCAAGGAUAUCUUCGACAAUGCCAUUCGAGCCGCGCUCAUCUCCCGUCGACACCUGCAGUUCUGGAAGUCCCACCUCCGGAAGGUCCAGAAGCCCCUCCUCCAGGCGCCCUUCCUGCCGCCCAAAGCACCGCCCCCUCUCAUCAAGAUUCCAGAGUGUGUCAUCAACAACGGGGAGGGUCCUGGCCUCCUAUUGGACAGUCCUCUUUGUGCUGACGUCAUGUUCAUCCUCCAGGACCACAUCCACAUCUUCGCCCACAAGAUCUACCUCUCUACCUCCUCCUCCAAGUUUUAUGACCUGUUCCAGAUGGACUUCAGUGACGAGUCCCAGUGCCUGGUGGUGACGGAGCGGCAUGCCCGGGACUCUCUCCUCAGGACCCUUAGUCUGGACACAGAGGAGGACGUGGCUGUGCUCCCCAACCUCUCUCCCUGUUCCCUCCGGGCCUCUAAGAGUGACGGCACCCUGAAGAUGAUGAGCUUCUCUGGUAAGCACCGGCGCACCAAGCUGUCCUUGGCCUCCUGGAGCAAGGCCUUCUACAGCAUCCACAAGGAGAGUGUGACCAACCCUGUGACGGGCUCCCCGGCUCACAUGACGGUGGUGAAGAUGGACUACUCCAUCCAGCUGGGUCCGUUCAGUGCCGUGUUGAGGUUCCUCUACACUGGGGAGCUGGAUGAAGAGGAGCGGGAUCUGAUGAAGAUCGCCCAGAUCGCGGAGGUCCUGGAGGUGUUUGACCUGAGGAUGAUGGUGGAGAACAUCAUGAACCAUGAAGGCUUCAUGAACCAGGAAAUCACCAAGGCCUUCCACGUCAGGAAAUCCAACCGCAUCAAGGAGUGUCUCAACAAGAACACCUUCACAGACGUCACCUUCAGGUUGGAGGAUGGAACCAUCAAUGCUCACAGACCUCUGCUCAUCUCCUCCUGUGAUUGGAUGGCUGCUUUGUUCGGAGGAUCCUUCAUGGAGAGUGCUAACCUUCAGGUGAGUCUAUAA